AUGGAUCAAAGGCCGGUCUAUGAGAGGACUCUGACAGAGUCCGAGCUGCUCGAGCAGUUUCCGAGUGAAAUCUCUACUGUCAUUCGGACUGCAUCGGGGACUCAACACCUCCACGCGCUUGCGAUUGGCGCAUUGAACAACGAAUUUACAGCGAGCAUUUUCAGGCUUUACGAGCCGAUUUUUGUCGAUCUUGCAGCUCGAUGGCUUCAAUCGGAUUUACACGCAGACUACAUUCACAUAUUAGCGGCAUUUGCGCAGAUUUUACCUUUUGCGCCGCAUUUGCGGUCGCUUGCCAGUCAAUAUGCUUCUUCACAGACUGGACCUUUGGCUGCUUUGGCCAUGUCAAAGGAAUUAACACUGCUACAGUUGGACCAACAUAGUAUUCGACUAUUGCUCCUCGCCCUCUUUCGACUCCUCUCGUUUGAUCUGGAAACAUUCUCCCCCAUCGUUUCCCCACUCCAACUGCAGUCCCUCUUUCAGUCACAAGACCGAGUGACUCGCUACCUCGCCGUGCGAUGCUUCGCUUUGUACAUGCAUGCCGCGGAUGCGGCCACCGAAAAGAUGAUCCGCGUCAACACUGGAGCUGAAUCCAUUGAAGGAGAAUGGGAAGGCGCUACAAUCGAUUACCGCUUGCUGGGGCUGUGGGAGGAGCGACGCUGGGAUGUUCUUGGAAAAACCAUUCGGGAUGCGAGAUCUUCUAGAAUGGAAUCUGAAUCCCUGGCAUUGGUUGAGAGAACACAGGAAUACUUCACCACGAAGACUGCAGAAAUUUGUGGAGUUCUGAUUCCUAGGUUGAAAGAUACCCCUCCGACCUCUACAUCUGUCGUGAAGACCUCGACCACAGUUGGAAACUUGCGCCGGAUUGCAGGCUCAUUGCUCGGACACAAACCCAUUCUGCUAGUUGGUCUGCCCAACUCUGGCAAAACAUCAUUGAUCAACGACAUUGCGGCCACAAUGGGCCAGGCCGAAUCUAUGGUCACACUUCACCUGAACGAGCAGACAGAUGCAAAGAGUCUGCUUGGAAUGUAUGCCACUUCAUCCGCUUCCGGGUCGUUUUCCUGGCAACCCGGUGUAUUGACCAAAGCUGCCCGCGAAGGGCGCUGGGUCUUGAUUGAAGAUCUUAACCGUGCCCCCUCGGAAGUGAUGGGCCUCAUUCUCCCCAUCAUUGAGCGAGGGGAGUUGACCAUUCCCAGCCGGAGAGAGCGUAUCAAGUGCGCAGAAGGCUUCAAGAUUAUUGCAACCAUGAAGUCAUCUUACAACAUCGCUGGCGAGGAAAUUGCACCAAACAGCUCAAUGCUUGGAAGUAGGCUCUGGGAGAGAGUUCAAGUAAAUUCUCUUCCCGUGGAUGAAAUGCGUGAUGUGAUUCUGCAGAAGUUCCCCCUGCUUGAAUCUCGUGUUCCAACCAUAAUGAAUGUCUACGGCCGUGUAUGCUCUGCGUUCCAUGGAAGCCUUGCCAUCAAGGGCUCCCAGGGUCGCACCCCAGGAUUCCGUGAUCUGAUCAAACUGUGCAGCAGAUUACACAAUCGUCUACUGCGCAUGGGCGCGAAGACUGGCUACGAGCCCACAACAGAGGGCACCGAGGAUGAGAUAUUCCUCGAUGUUGUCGAUGUCUUCAUUAAGUACCUUCCCGAGAAAUCGAUGCAAAGCAACCUUGCAGCUGUUGUCGCUGAAGCGCUUCAGAUCUCCCCGCAGCGAGCGCAAUUCUGUCUUGAGGAACGUACACCCACCUACACGGACAAAAACAACAGCAUUGUCCUCGGUCGUGAGAUUUGCCAUAAAGUCAAGGUACCGAGUGGAUCUGCACUGAAGAUGGCUGCUGCAGCUUCACGGUUUGCUCCCACCAGAGCCGCUCUUGGUCUGAUGGAGCAAGUUGCUGCAUCCAUUCAGAUGGCAGAGCCUGUUUUGCUGGUCGGAGAAACCGGUAUUGGAAAGACCACAGUCGUACAGCACCUCGCAACAUUGAUGCGCCAGAAGCUUACCGUAGUAAACCUGUCUCAGCAGAGUGAAAGCACUGACCUUUUGGGUGGUUUCAAGCCUGUGAACAUCCGUACAAUGGCAGUUCCCAUGCUGGAUGAGUUUACACAGCUCUUCGAACUCACAUUCUCAGCCAAGAAGAACCAGAAAUUCUUGUCUUCGAUCUCCAAGAGUGCUGCCUCCUCAAAUUGGGUUCGAUUGGUGACUCUGUGGCAGGAGGCUGUUCGCCUUGCAAACGGCGUUUUCAAUCCCCAACCUGCCGAUGGCGAUGAGCAGCCAUCCAAGAAGCGUAAAUUGGACUCCCCCAAAUAUCAGCACUUGCGCCAAAGAUGGGAGAGCUUUGCCACUCAGCUCAACGACUUCGAGGCCCAAGUCGCUCAGGGCGAUGCUAAGUUCGCCUUCGCUUUCGUUCAAGGUAAGAUCGUGAGGGCCUUGAGGAAUGGAGAAUGGGUGCUUCUUGACGAGGUGAACCUGGCUUCUCCUGAUACUCUCGAAAAUAUUGCCAGUUUGCUGCACCACGGCAGCGAAGGAUCGCCCUCAGUUCUUCUUUCCGAGGCAGGUGACGUUGAGAGAGUUUUCGGCCACCCAGAGUUCCGCAUCUUCGGUGCUAUGAACCCUGCAACUGAUGCUGGAAAGAGGGAUCUUCCUCCGGGACUGCGUUCCAGAUUCACCGAGUUCUAUGUGCAUUCACCCGACAGUGAUCUAAAUGAUUUGCUUGCACUUAUCCAGAAAUACCUCGGUGAUUUGACCAUAAGUGAUCCUCGCGCUGUGCCAGAUCUUGCACAACUAUACAUGAUCACCAAGAAGCUCAGCAAUGAGAACAAGCUCACCGACGGAGCUGGACAACGUCCCCAUUUCAGUAUCCGUACCCUCGUCCGGGCUCUCAUCUAUGUCAUCGAUCAUGCACAUGUUUACGGACUGCGCCGAGCAAUCUAUGAAGGUUUCAGCAUGAGUUUCUUGACUGUGCUCAGCUUGAACUCAGAGCGCUCCUUGAUUCCCCUGCUUGAGCUGCACAUCUUCGGCAACGCAAAGAACGCAAGGUCUCUUCUCGGCCAAACUCCCCGGCCUCCUACAGAUGGUCAUGACUAUGUGCAAUUCAAGCAUUAUUGGAUGCGCCGUGGACAUCUGGCCCCAGAGGAGCAGCCACACUAUAUUAUCACUCCAUUCAUUGAGAAAAACCUCAAGAACUUGGUUCGAGCUAGCUCCACUCGGCGAUUCCCUGUUCUCCUCCAAGGUCCAACCUCUGCCGGAAAAACAAGUAUGAUCGAGUAUCUGGCGAAGGUGUCAGGAAACAAAUUUGUACGAAUCAACAACCACGAACAUACAGAUUUACAAGAAUAUCUGGGAUCCUACGUCUCUACGGAUGAUGGAAGCUUGCGCUAUCAAGAGGGUGUUUUGGUGGAGGCGCUUCGAAACGGUUAUUGGAUUGUGCUGGAUGAGCUUAACCUGGCACCCUCCGAUGUUCUUGAAGCCCUUAACCGACUCCUUGAUGAUAAUCGUGAAUUAUUCAUUCCAGAAACCCAAGAAGUUGUUCAUCCACACCCGAACUUCAUGUUGUUCGCUACUCAAAAUCCUGCUGGUCUCUACGGUGGUCGAAAGGUCUUGUCUCGUGCUUUCAGGAACCGUUUCCUAGAGCUACAUUUCGAUGAUAUCCCUGAAAGCGAGCUCGAGUUCAUUUUGAAGGAGCGCUCACAAAUUGCCCCGUCCUUCUGCACCCGAAUUGUCUCAGUUUACCGAAAACUGUCAUUGCUACGCCAGUCAAAUCGUCUUUUCGAGCAGAAGAACAGUUUUGCGACCCUCCGUGACCUUUUCCGAUGGGCCCUCCGUGACGCAGACGACAAAGAGCAACUAGCAAUCAACGGCUACAUGCUUCUCGGCGAGCGUGUCCGCAAUCCCCAAGAGAAGGCUGCCGUCAAAGCUGUCAUCGAAGAAGUUAUGAGAGUCAAAUUGGAUGAAGACACCUUGUAUAGUUCCGCCGAGCUGGAGAAGAAUGCCCCUCAGAUGAAUGAGCUCCCCACCGGUAUUGUGUGGACCAAGGCAAUGAGACGACUGUUCGUGCUUGUUUCCAAGGCUCUUCGGAACAACGAGCCGGUUCUCCUUGUUGGAGAAACUGGUUGCGGAAAAACCCAGCUUUGCCAGGCCGUUGCGGAAGCUUUCCGAAGGGAGUUGUUCAUUGUCAACGCUCAUGUGAACUUGGAAACCGGCGACUUGAUUGGUGCGCAAAGGCCCAUCCGAAACCGAGCAGCAAUCGAAAAGCAGCUUGUGGACGAUCUUCAAAUACUUCUCCAUGGCGAACACACCGGUGCCUCCUUCGACGAACUCAAACAGGAGUUUACCGCCUUGACCGCAGAGCAGCGUCAGACCAAGGAUCAAACUCUGCUGCAUAAUAUUGAGAAGAAUGCUGUUCGGUGCAACGCUCUGUUUGAAUGGUCUGAUGGAAGUCUCAUCACUGCCAUGAAGAUCGGUCAAUUCUUCCUCCUUGAUGAAAUUUCUCUGGCAGAUGAUUCGGUCCUCGAAAGACUUAACAGUGUCCUGGAACCUGCUAGGUCGAUUCUGCUUGCCGAGAAGGGUCCUAUUGACUCUAUGGUUGUCGCAGAUGGUGGAUUCCAGUUCUUGUCUACUAUGAACCCUGGUGGUGAUUAUGGAAAGCGUGAGCUGUCCGCGGCUCUUCGCAAUCGUAUGACAGAAAUUUGGGCACCUCAGCUGUCCGAAGAUGAGGAUAUCUUGCCCAUUCUUUCGAUGAGGUUGAAUUUGAAGGACGAGAAAGUAACAAAGUCCAUGUUGAAGUUCGCCAAGUGGUUCAAGACGGCCUUCCAAAACACAUCUACCACAUCACUCUCAAUUCGUGACCUUCUUGCCUGGGUUGAUUUCAUCAACACGUCACAAAGCCCCGAUACGCACUUUGCCAUUAUCCAGGGAGCUGCCAUGGUCUUUGUCGAUACUUUGGGUGCUAACCCGGCCGCAAUGCUUGCUAUGUCCCUCAACAACCUGGAAGGCAAUCGCAGGUCGUGCCUUGCAAAGUUGAGUCAGUUGUUCGGUGUUGAUGCCUCAAAGAUUUAUGGAGAAUCGACCAGCGUCUCUGUGGAGCCAGGUGUUCUCCGUAUCGGUCCAUUUGCCUUGCCCGCUGCUGGCAACGCGGAACCUGACCCACAAUUCACCAUGGACGCCCCUACCACGAUUGCCAACUCUGUACGAAUUGCACGUGGCUUGCAAUCCUCCAAGCCCAUUCUUAUGGAAGGAAGUCCAGGUGUGGGUAAGACUACACUUGUCACAGCUUUGGCCAGAGCACUUGGGAAACCUCUCACCCGAAUCAAUCUUUCGGAGCAGACAGAUCUCACAGACUUGUUUGGUUCCGAUGUACCAGUAGAGGGAGGAGAUGUUGGCCAAUUUACCUGGCGCGAUGCACCUUUCCUACGAGCCAUGCAGCGUGGUGAUUGGGUUUUGCUGGACGAAAUGAACUUGGCUUCUCAAUCUGUUCUUGAAGGUCUCAACUCUUGUCUGGAUCAUCGUCAGCAGGUUUAUAUUGCCGAGUUGGAUCAGACUUUCAAGCGACACCCUGAUUUCGUUCUCUUUGCUGCACAGAAUCCUCAUCACCAAGGUGGUGGCAGAAAGGGUCUUCCUGCAUCUUUUGUCAACCGUUUUACGGUUGUCUACGCUGAUAGCUUCACCGAUGAUGACUUGAAGACCAUCUGCUCUAGACUCUUCCCUGGCAGUCCUUCCGUACAGACAGAAAGGUUGGUUGAUUUCAUCUCGCUUCUGAACAAGGCUAUCACGAAAGAGCGUCGACUGGGCACCAUUGGCGGCCCAUGGGAAGUUAAUCUCCGAGAUGUGCAGCGAUGGCUUCAACUUGCCGACCGAGGAACCUUGCAGAUUCAGACAAAGCAUUUCCUUGAUGUGGUCAUCAACCAGCGAUUCCGAAGCGAAGAAGACCGCAAUGUGGUCUCCCAGAUCUAUGACAGCAUUUUCACAGACUCUGAUACUGGACUGAAGAGUUAUUUCCACAACCUCACCCCUGAAUAUCUGCAGGUUGGCCUCGGUAUUCUGAACCGUGACCCUCUGCUACAGCGACUGGCUGAGCCCAAUAUGAGAAUCUUGCCAAAGGAUCUUCACAUUGUUGAAUCACUGAUUUUGUGUAUCGACAAUUCUUGGCCAAGUAUUCUUGUUGGUGCUGCUGGAUGCGGAAAGACCACUCUCAUCAGAAAACUGGCUGCUGUCAAUGGCGCCAAUCUUGUUGAGUUGGCCCUAAGUGCUGAUACCGACACCAUGGAUCUGAUCGGUGGCUUUGAACAAAUCGACCACCGCCGUGAAGUUUCAGGCUUUGUUCACGACAUUGAGAUAUUUUUGCGAAACCAACUCAUUCACUGCUUUGCUUCAGGAGAUGUUUCUGAUGUUGUGGUCUCUGCGCUCCGUAUCUGCGAGCACUUCCAAUCCGCAGAUAUCUCGAUGGAAAAUGUGAUCACUUCUCUUUCCAGCCUUUGUGAAUCUUCUGUCGACCCGGCCUAUCAGAGUUUCCUUGAGAGAGCCCAGGAUCUAUUGAAUGCCAUUCAGCAAUCUGAUAAGAUGAAGGUUGGAUUCGAGUGGACGGAGGGUGUUCUCACCCAGGCUGUUCAGCAUGGACACUGGGUAAUCCUCGACAACGCCAAUCUGUGCAACCCGUCCGUGCUGGACCGAUUGAAUUCUUUGACUGAGCCAAACGGGACCCUCAUCCUCAAUGAGCAACGGACAGAGGAUGGAUCUGCUAGAAUCAUCACACCUCACCCUAACUUCAGACUCUUCUUGACCAUGGACCCUCGCAACGGCGAGUUGUCUCGUGCUAUGCGUAAUCGCUGCACUGAGAUCUGCUUCUUGCCGAGCGAAUUAUCUGACAUCAAACCUACUAUCGGUCCAUCCUACACUUGCGAAUCUUUCCUUUACCGACUUCGCCACAUCUGGAACUUGGACCCCUCCUUGUCACCUUCUGCUUUGGAAGAUGCCCUACAGGUGUGCUUGGACCAUCUUUCGCCAGCCGAUCUGUCAUAUCUGCAACAGUCGCCAAGUAACUGUGUGGCCAUCAACCCCGAAGCCAAUAGCACACAAACAUCGAAUGUUUUGCAACGCUACGCAUCUUUGUUCCAUGAUAACAACCAAUGGAAGCCUAUUGAGGCUGCCAGCGGAGAAAUUGUUCUUGGGGGUGCGCAUCUUGGCAUCCAAGGCGCUUUGCAACCCCUUCACCCUCUUAUCAACGAGCCAUUGCUUUCUAUAUCAGGAAACAGUGACUUCAGAUCUACUUUGAUCGUGCUGGCAUACCUCCAGGAGUUGAGACUCGAUAUCCAUCGUCUCAGACAAGGCUUGAUCCAAGCAGAUGCGUCUGGAAAAGAGUUGAAGCCGAGCCAGAUGACGCGCCUAGAACGGUCUUUGGCAUCCGAACGCAUUCCUGCGUUGAUGAAGGAUACAACGCAACCGGUGGCCUCGUUCUUGUCCGAUUGUGGCCAGGCCUUGUAUGACUACAUCCAGUCUCUGGAUCGAACCGCCCUUCAGGGUCCGUCUAUCAUUGCAGCUCUUCGGGCUGUAAUAUGCCUUAGCUGGGACAUUUACAAGGCCACCGAAGUCAACCAGGUCGAUGAAGGUGAAUUCCAAGUAUAUUUGCAAAUGGGUAGGAAAACUUGUGGAUCGCUCCUCGACUCUUCUCCUCUCCUCCAGCCGCUGCAAACCGCCUUAUCCCAGGCACUCGAUCGUUUCCAAGAGGGUUGGGCUUUGACCACUGGUCUUUCUAUGCAAAGGAUUUGGGAUUCCUGGAGACACGUUACCCCGGUGUCUCAAGUGAAGCUGGACUCUCUGACUGAACUCGAGUCUACUGUCUUCGAAUUUACCACUUUGGCCUUGCAGACUCGUGUGGAGCUUUCUCAAUUGAGUCAGGUUCGUGACUCGUUGAUCGACGCCCAAAGGUUCAUUCUUUUAGAUGGUGCCGAUGGAGAUGUACUUGUUCAGAGCAUCAAGCAGACCGUGUCCGAACUUUCUCAGGCCGUCAGACGCUCCGAGUCCGUCGAGUAUCCAUACUUUGCCCAUGAUUUCGAGGCUCUAUGUCAAUAUCAUGACAUCUCUUCAUUCUUCCAGAAGCCAGUUACAGAUACAGUCAUUCAAACAGUUGUACCGCUCUUGGCUGGUCGUGCAGCUCGUCCGUUGGAUGCAUCCAACUUCCAGAGCAACGUCCCCAACGCACUUAACAGACUCGCGCUAUUUUCGGGUUCCUACAGUCAAUCCGAAUCUGCACUUGCUCUUGGUGGCGUUGUAUCGCUGUCGCUUCUGGAUAAGUUGAAGGUCAUUGGCAAUGCCAAAUUGGGUCAAUUAGACAUGCUCGAGGAAGAGAAGAAAGCCCUGUCCAAGGCUCUCACCCUCAGCAGCAAGCAAAUUGCGACAGAUCAGUCUAUGGACCUCAGACGCACUAUUGCGCAACUCACAGCUGAGUUGGCGGGAUGUCACGGGGACUUCUUUGCUCCUGGCUCCGCGGAAAGUCUCAUUUCCGUUCUUCAAGCGAUUCAGAACGGCAAUCUGCCCGAUGAUCAGACACCAAUUGUGGCCAAGCUGGAUCAAACUCUGCCAAGUAACCAUUACUUGAAGCCUAUCGUCGAGCAAGCCCUGCCAAAUCUCGUUGCUUCGUUGGCAUCAAAACAAUCAACCCAGCAACAAGGUAUCUGUAACACUGGGCUUGCAACAGUUCAGUUGGCAGUAAUUCUUCUGCGAUUGUUUGUACCCGACAAGACGUUUGACCCUUCGCUCGGCCUUGUUGUUCAACGAAAGCGCCAUGCUCAACGACUCGAAGAGUUCACUGCCAGAUCUGCGGCCAUCCUUGCGUUUGAGAAGACCUUCACGAGCCAGGUUUCCAACCUCCGCUCUGAGCUUCUGCGUGAGGAGAUCCUUGACCUUGGCUCUGCCCCGCCUCCUUCUUUGGUCAAUCGCCCCCAGAACUCUCAAUUGAGCCUCCUCCAGGGCGAGUUCGUUAAUUUGAUCAACUCUGUUCUGAAGAGAGACCCCGAACAAAUGAUUCGCUCUGAGCAAUCGGUCGAAUCUCGGGAUAUGAUUCAAUUGCUCCGUAACAACAUCAAGCAGUUGAGCAGUCGUCUCAGCACUCACUACAGAUCCUAUGAUGACAUUGCAGUCCCAGUGGUUCGCUUCCUGCAAUUGCUGGACCUCGGUGUUUUCAUGGCCUCUAGCCAGGCUGAACAGUCCUCUGAUGUACCUGAUAUCCAGUCCCUGAGCCAGCGAACGCCUUUCUUGGGAGGUGAAAUUCACCCCGUCCUUGCUCCGGAUCAUGUGAAGCAGUCUGGCUCACUCAAGAACGCGACCGAAAUGCGACUUCAAGAGCUAUCUGCUCUUUGGGCUGCACACGACGCAGAUUCCUCAAUCCUGGAGACAACCGCAGGACGAGGCAUUGUGCAACGCAUUUUCGCAGAAUUCCAUCACAUGUGGAAAACGAAGCUCAAGGAAGACCAAGAAGAGGAGGCCGAAAAGGGCGAGCUGUAUCACUUCAAGGGAUCUUGGGAGGAGGAGGAGGAAGUCAAUGAAGCUGAGCUCCAUGCACUCUUCCCCACGUUUGAAGAAGAGUCUCUUCCAGACGCCGAAACUGUUGAGCGCAUUGACCCCAAGGCUAUUGCUCUUCGUCUCGCUGCGCUCCAUGCCAAGAUCGUUUCAAACGAACGCAGCGGUACUGCACUGGCUACACUUGUCAAAGAAUCUGGAAAACUUUUGGGUUCCAUUUGGUCGGAUAGUGAGACUUCAUUCUCGCCAGUGACCCCUCAAACUCAUCUUCCCGCGGUCCUAUUGCUUCUGGACGACGCCAUAAAUGAGGGGACCGAUGAUCAUCAGAAGAACUAUAACUUCUAUACCGAUUCCAACCUUGGCGAAGCUAGGAAACUCGUUUCUCUUACACUUUCGACUCAGGCUCGCUUCGCUCAAAUUCAGACCGCAUGGCCCGAACACGCUGUGUUGGCUGAUGUCCUCUCAUGCUGCAUGGAAAUACUCCAGUUCAAGCACACUGAGCCUGUCGCCAAGUUCAUGACCAAGGUUGAAAAACUUCAUUCCCACGUGCAUGAGUGGCAAACCGUGGCCAGCAGGGAAUUCUCAGCUGUCACCAUCUUUGAUGAGAUCACGACCACUCUUAUCAGCUGGCGUCGUCUUGAACUUUCAACUUGGGCCAAGCUGUUGGACAUCGAAAAGGAGAAAUGUGAAGACGACGUCAGUGCUUGGUGGUUCAUUGCUUACGAGGCACUCAUCGGAGCACCCAUCAUGAUGGCAGAGUCAGGCGAGCAGGACAUGAGUGAACACACCGAGAGCCUGGUCAAUACCUUGGAACAAUUCUUCAAGUCCACCACCAUGGGUCAAUUUGCUCGCCGUCUACAGCUUGUAUCCAACUUCAAAGCGUUGCUUGAAGUCUUUGUUACGGAUUAUCCCUGUCUCAAGCAGCUUGUCUCUGCGCUUGACAACUUCCUUCACCACUACGCACCCUUCCAAGCUGGCGUUGACAAGAUUCUCAAGGAGAGACGUUCUACUCUUGAAAAGGAUAUCAAGGAGCAGAUUCAACUGGCCAGUUGGAAAGAUGUAAACAUUGCAGCCUUGAAGCAAAGUGCCAAAAACUCCCACCUCAAGUUGUUCAAGGUGGUCCGCAAGUACCGCGCGGCUCUUGGCCAGUCCGCCCAGUCAGUCCUUGAAUCCGGCCUCUCGGAGAUCACCGAAGAAAUUACUUCUAUUUCCCAGGCAGAGCCUGUUCGACCUACCGCAGUCUUCCCCGAGGCAAUGGCUCUCUGUCAAAAAGACAAGAACGUGUGGUCUACCAGAGCCCUCAGAUUCCAGAAGCCGGAUGGCACAGCCAGCAACAUGAUGAACCUUUAUUCGGCAAUCCCGGCUGAGUUUGAUAUUGCCAAGGAUCUUGACAGCUUCAUCGUGUCUGUCAUUGAAAGCAUGAAGGAAUACAAGUCCCAGACCCCUAAGGUCUUGAACGAGGACAACAAGGAUGACGUUCAGCACCUCAAGUCCCAGAAGCGUCGUCUCUACGCUGAAACAUUGAAGCAACUCUACGAGAUGGGUGUGAAGCGUAAUGCCGGAUCAAGUGUCAUUGAAACCCAAGCAUCUGUCCCGCAAGUUCUCGCGACCAGCGCUGCCUUCGAAGCUGGCGCUGCAACCUCAACUGCGGUCCAGAAUGCCGAUUGGUACUUCCACCGACUCUUGGACCUUCUUCCCAAGACCCGUCUGGCCGCGCGCAACUACUCCGAGGAGCUCACUAAUGUUGAAGUCUUCAGAAGUAUGGGCUCCAUCGAACACCUUCUUUUCACGAUUCGUCGCCAGAGAGGUAUCAUUGCCCCUGCUCUCACUGGUUUGGGUAACUUGAAGUCUACGCUUGAUAAGGUGCAGAAUCUAUGGACGGCGACUUCGACUUCAUUGACCCAGGAUCAUGCUUUGGCGCCCGAAGAACGUGCCGAUCUGGCCAGGGUUGUGGCCUGGCUAGGCCCUAUCUUGGGACUGGCUUCAAUGAUUAUCGGGGUCCAUUCCAGAUUCUCUGGAAUUGAUGCAUCUGCGGUCAUUGAAGAACUGCGCGCCAAGAAGGCCAUCUUCGAUGACUUGCGCAAGUCAUAUGAAUCUCUCCCCUCACUUCCAACCAGAAUCGCGUCCAAGGCAAACCUUGAUGUUGCACAGCAAACUCAGACAUCUCUCAGCGAGUUGGCUGCUGAAGUGGAGAAGUGGAGCGUGACUCGUCCUGAUCUCUCUUUCGCGUUAGAUCAGAUCAAGCCUUGGAUCAAGCCAAACAUGGCUGCUCAUCCAGAGGUUAAUGAACACAGCCUGUCUGUCCAAGCCUUUGAUAGCAGUCUCAUGACCGCCAUCGACAAGAUGCUCAUCGGUCUGCAAAAGCUCAAGGAUGUACCAUCUGCUAUCACAUUCGACGGGCUGCUGUCAAGGAGUGACGAGUUCUUCUCCCGAGGACUGAAGGCUGUUCAUCUCCCGGAGAUCACCGCCACUCUAGAAGCUGUCCUUGAUCAGCUGCACCGCUUGCAAGACCACUCUACUAGCGGCCUUUCCCUUGCGGCCGCCCUGAUCACCAGUAUCUUGCCUAUCGCCAACAAGUACUAUCAGAUCUGCAGAGACCUAGCGGAUCGCUUCAUUGCGGUUCAUCGCGAGAUCUGUAAGACGUCUUACAUCCUGACAAAGACUUUCAACACCGUCGCCUCCGAAGGCUUCUGCAGCCCUGCCGAGGCCUCGCAAGACCAAGGCAAGGAGGGCCAAAUGGAAAGCGGAACUGGCCUGGGUGAUGGUGAUGGCGCCGAGGAUAUCAGCAAGGACGUUGGCGAUGACGAAGAUCUCUCCGAGCUCGCGCAGCAGGAAAACAAGAAAGAGGAUGGUGACGAUGAUGAGAUGGACGACUCAAAGGAUGCCGUCAACAUGGAUCAAGAAGAACUGGAAGGUGACGCCGAGGAACGCAAAGAAGGCGAUGAGGAAGAGAAGGACGAAAGUGGUGAUGAAGGCGAUGAUGAUAUCGACGAAGAGACGGGUAGCGUCGAUGACCUUGACCCGGGUGCUGUUGAUGAGAAGCUCUGGGACGGUGGCAAUGACGAGCAGCAGAAGGAUACGGAGAAUGAGGAAGGAAAGGGCCAGUCAGAGGCCGAACAGCAAGCUGCUGCACAAGAAGAAAAGAAGGACAAGGAUGGUGAACAAGGCGAGGAAAAGACCAAGGAAGGCGAGGAAGAGGAGGAAGAAACAGAAGACGAAGAAGCCCCUGAAGAUGAGGGCGAGGCUGUUGGUCGUGAGGACAUGGAUGUUACCGACCCUCAGGCCAAGGAAGAAGAAACUCUUGAGCUCCCCGAGGAGAUGCAGCUUGAUGAUGACAACGGCAAGAGCGACAAUGGCGAUGAAGAGGACGAUGGAAUGGAUGAACUCGACGACGAUUUCGGCCCCGCGCCCGAGGAAGAUGGCAAGGUUGAAGACGGCGAUGAGAACGCCGGAGAAGACGCCGAAGGAGCCCCAGAAGAUCAAGCUCCAGGCAACGAAGAUGAAGAAAUGGCCUAUGAUGCCGAAGAAACCAAUGAAGGAGAAGCCGGAGAUGACCAAGAAGGAGAAGAAGAAGAAGCCGGUGGCGAGGACCCUGAAGAGCCCGAGCCCGAGGACUUCCUCGCGCAGCGGGAUGAGAACGAAGCCGAGGGUGACAACGUUGCCCCUAGCGAGGCUGUCACCGGUGGGCUUGGUGCGGAGCAAGAUCAAAAUGAAGAGAAGGGCGCAUCCGGUGAUGCCCAACAGGAGAGUGGCUCCACUGAUCCCAGUGCCAACGUUGAUGAUAAAACCGGCGCUGCUAAGGAUAGCGAAGAGAGCAAGCCUAGCCGAGACGCUGGUGGCGGCGAAGAAAACAAGCCCAAUGAACCUCAGAUGCAGGCGUUCAAGAAGCUUGGUGAUAUCCUCGAGCAAUGGCACCGUCGCCAACAGGAGAUCCUCAACCCAUCUCAGGAAGAGGAGGAUACUCAGGCCAUGCCCGAAGACACCGAUAUGGCCGAUGCAGACUUCGAGCAUCUCAAGGACGACGAUGAUGCUGCCGACACCCAAGCCCUCGGUCAAGCAAACGAGGAUCAAACACAAGCUCUCGAUCAAAACAAGGGUGUCGAGUCCGACAUCAAGCCGGGCGAGAACGACGUCCUUCCCGAUGUCACAGAGGAGCAAGAGGACGUCAGCAACCAGCUUGAGGAUGAGAUGCAAAUCGACCGCGAGACCGCCCCUGCCGAUGGCGAGUCCGCCGGUGCCUUCAUUCCCGGAGGACAAGCAUCCCACGAGCGCGCAGAUGAUGCGCAGGGCACCGAGGCUUUGAACGAGGAGCUCGACGAAGUCGACACCCAACUCGCAGCAAUCCACCUCUCCUCUUCGCUUCCGCCAUUGACACCCCAGGAUGAAGCUCGUCGCCUCUGGUCCCACUACGAGUCCGCCACCAACGACCUCUCCCUGUCGCUUACGGAACAGCUUCGCUUGAUUCUCGCGCCUACGAUGGCAACCAAGCUGCGUGGUGACUUCCGUACUGGAAAGCGCCUCAACAUUAAGCGCAUCAUUCCCUACAUUGCAUCACAGUACAAGCGUGACAAGAUCUGGAUGCGCCGCUCCAUUCCCUCCAAGCGCAACUACCAGAUCAUGCUGGCUGUCGAUGACAGUAAAUCCAUGCUGGAAAGUGGAAGUGGGCAGCUCGCCUUCGAGACCCUUGCCCUAGUGGCAAAGAGUCUGAGCAUGUUAGAAGCCGGUGACCUUUGUGUUCUCGGCUUCGGUAACGAAGAUCAUGUUCGUGUCGCUCAUGAGUUCGGGAAGCCAUUCUCCUCCGAGGCUGGCUCCCAGGUCUUCCAGCAUUUCAGCUACCAGCAAACCGGCACAAAUGUGCGCAAGCUGAUUGCCGACUCGAUUGCCCUCUUCCGUGAGGCUCGUUGGAAGCGUUCCCCUGGUUCUGGCUCUGCAGAUCUCUGGCAACUCCAGUUGAUCAUCUCCGAUGGUAUCUGUGAGGAUCAUGACACUAUUCGCCGACUUGUCAGGACUGCACUUGAGGAACGUAUCAUGGUUGUUUUCAUCAUCGUCGAUGCUGUCAAGGGUAGCUCUAUCCUUGACCUCUCCCAGGCCAACUUCGAGGCCGAUCCCGAUUCGGGUGGUGAGAUGAAGCUCAAGAUGAAGCGCUAUCUCGAGGACUUCCCCUUCCCUUACUAUCUCGUCGUUCGUGAUGUCAGGGAGCUGCCUUCUGUGUUGGCUACCGCUCUGAAGCAGUGGUUUGCCGAAGUUGUGGAUGUAUCGUCUUGA